GCGUGUGAAUGUGAGCCACCAAAACCAUAUGGCAUGUUGAGUUCUGUAGCCUGACAGCUGCGCUCGUUUGCUGUGGUUUAUUCUACCUCAUAUCAGAUCAUCCGCGCUCUGUUACUGCUGCCUUCCAGGAAUACGAGCUGUUCUUGAUCUAAGCAGUCGUGGUGAAACUUUGACCCUGUUUGAGGAUGCACAGCUCUCAGAAGGACACCACAUACACCAAGGUCUUCGUCGGAGGUCUUCCGUAUCACACCACCGACUCCAGCCUCACGAAAUACUUUGAGGUGUUUGGAGAAAUCGAGGAAGCUGUUGUCAUUACUGACAGACAAACGGGGAAAUCCAGAGGCUAUGGAUUUGUGACGAUGGCCGACCGAGCCGCAGCAGAAAGAGCCUGUAAGGACCCAAACCCCAUCAUAGACGGCAGGAAAGCCAACAUCAACCUGGCGUACCUCGGGGCCAAACCACGGAUCAUGCAGCCAGGCUUUUCAUUUGGUGUCCCUCAAAUACACCCUACGUUUAUCCAACGGCCUUAUGGAGAUAGUGAGGAUGAUCAUUCCCCAUUACUGUAUCCUCCUCCUUUCCGCCAGGUUAUGAGGAUUCCCGCUCACUAUGUGUAUCCGCAGGCGUUUGUGCAGCCCAGCGUGGUGAUCCCUCACGACCCCUCGGCCGCGGCAUCUCCGUACCUGGACUACACCGCUGCUGCGUACGCACAGUACAGCGAUCCGUAUCCGUACGCCGCCUCGCCGGCCUCUGCGACCGGAUACGGUUAUGUCCAGCAGCCUCUGGCAUCACCUGGAUCCGCGGCGGCCGCAUUCGCUCAGUAUCAACCGCAGCAGCUGCAGACGGACCACAUGCAAUGAGAAACCCACCGUUUACAUUCAUGACUGUAUCAGCCAAAGAAACUCAUGUAUUGUUCGGUUAUUGCUAUUUUAUUUGUAGGCCUAGUAUUUAAUAUUUAUUACGGAAAGGAAAGCUAUAGUGACUGACUCUACGUUUCUUACAUGCACCUGAUAUUUUUUCCAUUAUUCACUCACCCUCAUGUCCUUAAAAAUCCUUGUGUUGCUAUCUUUCAGUGCAACGCAUAAAGAAACAUUGUGGUUUUAUUAUUAAAGCAUGAAAGUAUCAUAUUCGCGUUUGCGUUCAGAUAUUAUGCAUUAACCGCAUACAGAUGCAUAAACAUCAGAUCUUCAAAAUUUCUGCUUUUGUGUUCCACAGAAAUUUUUUUUAGGCGAGUUAUUCAUUUAAAGGAGUAAUUCAUGCAAAAAUGUACAUUUUACUCUCCCUCAGGCCAUCCGAGAUUAGG